AUCCAAAUUCGGUAGAGCUAUCUCUCCACUGUGGAUGUGGCAAGUGGAUAUAUCAAUCUGGACCAUCCAUGUAGUGGGACUUAUUGUGGAUGGCAUGGUCCAAAAAAAGAGUGAUCUAUCAGAACAAUUGUAGCCACCAUAAUUUUUCAAAUUUUAUCCAGUAGGUGUGCUACAGUUAAGAAUUUGUAUUUUCUGGCCUUGCUUUAAGGUCUAUUGAUUGGAUUAGAAUGGGCCAUCCAAAUAGUAUUCUUUUAAACCAUUUUGAGAGCUACUAGAUGACUGGCUCCAUUUAUUGAUUUCCUUACCAUGACAUGUAUGGUGGAGAUAUAGUUCUACCAUAUUCCAAAGCUAUACUCUAAUAAGUAGAAGCAGCAUGGGAGUUUGCCAAAGGAGAGAUUGAAAAGGUAAUUCAUGGUGCCGAUGUGGCAUGUGUGUGAGAUCUGGGCCACUAAUCAGUGUGGCCUGUGCAGAGCUGCCUUCUUGCCUCAGGUACCCAAGUGUUUGAUAUUUUGUUUUCUCAUGCAAGUGUGGACAUGUAUGGAUGCCAAAUUCCCAUAAAUGUGGGUUUUGCUAAGCGCAUGCCUUUGCAUGCAGGCACAUGGACCAGCAUGUGGGACAGCCAUGAUGGGCAUGCACAAGAUUGUAUAGUGAACUGUUACUAGGUAUUUAUGAGAGUCCAUUGCAUGUUAAAUGCAAGAGUGCAUGGUAGUUAGUAGUUCAUCACUCUCUUUUAGAUGUGGUGGAUGGUUAAAAUAUGGUGGUCGGCGAUCUUAAUUCAAAGGGUCUUCUCAAUGGUAUGAUUUUAUAUUAUGCUCCAUCCACAAUGGAAUCACAGUUUGGGCAGUCUACAAUGCAUUCAUAUUUCCUACAUGUCUGGGUGGAUGAGUAACUACCAUUUUCAAAACAGUGAUGAACCAUCACCAUAGUCACUGAUUGUGUAACCUCUUAAACAUACUGUUCCUAAUGAGAGGUCAGCAGUCAGCUACAAGACCUUGAAGAUGCUAGCUUGAUUUGUCUGCAUGAGAUUAAACCAAUCCAUUAGGUGUGCCACUCUGUGUUUGGCCCUGAGCUCAAAACCAGGCUGAUCCAAAGUUUAGGUGGGCCACACCAUCAAGAGUUGUUUGAGAUGGGGAGGCUUACCAUUAAAACCUUCUAGCUUGUGCAUGGGAUUCAACAUGGUGUGCCUAUGCCAUCGAAUCCAUCCAUUUGAAGUGCCCACCAAGAUGCAAGGACUCCCAAAACUUAGGUCGGCUAAAUGAUGUGAAUAUAAAGGUCUUAGGCGUAUUUAAAUUGCUCCUUGGGGUGUCCCACCUAAGUUUUGGAUCAGGAUUUUUCAUUGGAUGCAUGUUGAACAUAAGGAGGCACACAUGUACGUCUUGGAUUCCACAUACACAUGACAGGUGGGCUUACUAUUGCUCGAACUUGUGAUUACACCAUGUGCAAUGCUAAUGCAUUUUACUACUAUGACAAAAAUGCCUAUGCAACCUUAAAUGGGCCGGGCUUGGGUAGACCUUAGCUCAGCCCAUUGAUAGCCUAGUGUUUGUUGAAUCAAGACCCUUGCUUAUUCAUUUCAACCUGUACAUUUUUUUGAUAGGUAAGCUGGGCACUAACCUGAAAAAGAAGGGUCACACACUCUCCAAGCAUCUCUCUCCUUCCACUGUUUUCUCAUUUCACAACAAAAGAAAAAAGAGAAGAAAAAAGGACAAGGAAAAAUAAAAAUCCUUCAAAUCUUUUCUGGAUCAAUGUGAUUGAUUUUUUGGGUUUUGAAGGGAGAUUUUUAUAGGGUUUUUGAUGGAUUCCAGAUGUUGUAGAUCUCAAUCUUAUUUUAUUUCAAUUUAAAAUGCAAUGAGAUUUGAAAUGCCAUGCUACAUUAAAGGCUUUGUGGAUUUCUAAGGUUUUCAUCCUCAAUUUUGGAAGAUUUCAUUGUUCGAGGGUUUUAACCGAUGAAAUGAGAAGGAAAACAUGCGUGUGGAUGACUUUUAAUUCGAGAACCAAUGGAAAUGCGGAGAAGGAUGGGUUUCGUCCUUGUUUUCGCGGUUUGGUUUUGCAUUUUCAGAGUGGCAGGGAGACCGAGGGUCCACACGGAAGAAUUCUGCGAUUAUUCAGUUCUGGAUUUUAUAGAGAUAGAUGAAGAUAUGGCAGAGCAAUUGUGGAUAAAAUGCAAGCUGGAUUUUAUGCAGAUCAAGGAAGCUGUAAAAAUAUCAGACAUUCUCCUUCUAGAGAGCUCUAUCAAGGCCAAUCCGAGAGCAAGUUCUUUGACAAAAGGCAACCUACAGAAAUUCAUUAGUGUCCUGCCUUCCCAAAUGAAGCAAGACCUUCUCAAUUGUCUUAGCAAGCAAAACCUUCUAACCCGUGUUUCUGGUGAAGAAACGUCUAGAAGCUGGUUUAUUGAGCAUCUUGAAUACCUAUUUGGCUGGUAUCCUGCUUCGAGACGACAGCUGGCUGCUCAAUCGUUUCAUAAUGCAGGAGCAGCCUUUUUCUCCCAUGGACCUGCCCCUGACCCUGCCCCUGGUCCUGGUCCCAGUCCCGGUCCUGCUCCUGACCCUGCCCCUGCCCCUGCCCCUGCCCCAGCCUCUGUAGUUGAACAACUUACUCACGGUCCUCCUACUCCACCUGCCAGUUCUCCAGCUCCAAGUGGCCCGCCCCAUGUUGAGGAUGCAGAUAUGUUUGAUUUUGCAUAUCCAGAUGAUCCAAGCCUACAAACUUCACCUGAUGUAGAUGUACAUAAAGCUCCAGUUAGGCAUAGCCCUCGAUCUCAUCAACCGUCACAAAAGUACGCAACUAGCAAAACAAUCAUUGCCACCACCAUUGCUCUAACUGCAGCUGGGACGUUUCUUUUUGCUGCGCUGCUCUUUUAUUGCUUGAGCAGACGGCAUAAGAAAAAUGAAUCAGGAGCUGGACGAAAGGAUGAUAAGCCCCUUCUCAAUCUAAGCUUCAGUGAUUUUUCUAUUGGUUCUUCACAGAAGUCUUUUCAUUUAGGAAAUUCAAUUAAUGGAGAGAAGUUCGAAAAUUUAUCUGUUAGAAGUAGUCCAAACCAUGUUGGGCACCUUUCAUCUUUUGAUAUUAGCACCAUUACCAUAGAAUCCAAUGCCGCCAAGCCCUCCAUGGCUGAAAAUCAAUUAUCAGGUGCAGUUUUAGGAGUAAUCAGAGCUUCGACCGAACCGUCUAAUGCAUCUAGCAUUGCUAAUCCACCAUUACCACUUCCCCCCGGAAUGAUAUCUCCUCCUAUUAGGGCUGGACCUCCCACCCCUGGGCCACCACCCCAGCCUCCUGCCCAUGGGCCACCGCCACCACCACCACCUAUACCUGCUGGUAUCAGGCCACCUGCCGCUCGCCCACCACCGCCACCAAAAGGUGCUGCCCCUCCUCGUCCGCCACCACCUUCUAUUGCUUCGAGAACAACUCGACCUCCCCCACCUGGGCUUAACUGUCCUGGAAUUGCUGGCCAGGGUCCUGGAUCAGACAGCGAUGGUGGAGCUCCGAAGACUAAGCUGAAGCCAUUCUUUUGGGAUAAAGUUCUUGCGACCCCUGGUCAUUCAAUGGUUUGGAAUGAGAUUAGUGCGGGUUCAUUCCAAUUCAACGAGGAGAUGAUUGAAACUCUCUUCGGAUAUGCCGGUGCUGACAAACCCAAAAAUGAUCGCAAAAAAGAAAAUUCAUCCAAUGAGCCUCCUAACCAGUACAUUCAGAUUCUUGAUCACAGGAAGUCACAGAAUAUAUCAAUUCUUCUACGGGCGUUGAAUGUCACAUUGGAAGAAGUCUGCGAUGCACUUGUAGAAGGAAAUGAAAUUUCUACAGAAUCCCUCCAGACACUGUUGAAGAUGGCACCAAACUCAGAAGAAGAAUUGAAGUUUAGGCUAUAUAGUGGUGAUCUUUCCCAACUUUGCCCUGCAGAACGGUUCCUAAAGGCAUUGGUGGAAAUUCCUUUCGCUUUUAAACGGAUGGAUGCAUUGCUUUUCUUGGGUUCUCUCCAAGAGGAAGCCUCAGGCAUUAAGGAGUCUUUUUCAACUUUAGAGGCAACUUGCAAGGAACUCAGAAGCAGUAGACUUUUCUUGAAACUCUUAGAAGCCAUCCUAAAAACCGGAAACCGCAUGAACGAUGGUACCUACCGUGGGGGUGCACGGGCUUUCAAGCUUGACACACUCAUGAAGCUAUCAGAUGUCAAAGGAACUGAUGGCAAGACCACGCUCUUGCACUUUGUCAUCCAAGAGAUAAUCCGCUCUGAGGGCGUGCGAGCUGCACGUACUUCCCAGCCGAGCAUGAGCGUUUCAAGCAUGAACUCGGAAGACAUCUCCGACGAUCUCCCCAGUGAAACAGAAGACCAUUACCAUACCCUUGGCCUUCAGGUGGUUUCAAGGUUAAGCGGGGAGCUUGAGAAUGUCAGGAAGGCAGCAGCAACAGAUGCUGACACGUUAACAAACUCGGUGGAGCACCUAGGCCAUGGGCUAUUGAAGACAAAGGAUUUUUUGAACUCGCUGUUGAAAAGCUCGGCGGAAGAAGAUGGGUUUCUUCGUGCACUUAAGGGUUCUAUAGAGCAAGCGGAGGUUGACGUUCAUUGGCUGCUUACAGAGGAGAAGAGGAUACGGUCAUUGGUGAAGAGCACCACCGAUUACUUCCAUGGGCAGGCUGGGAAAGAUGAAGGAUUUCAUCUGUUUGUGAUAGUGCGGGAUUUUCUUGGCUUGGUGGAUAAGAUAUGCAAAGAUGUUGAGAAAGAAGCGUUAAAGAAGGUAAGAAAGACACCGUCAGUUAACAAGGAAGCGCCAACGGUGCCACCUGUUCUAGAUCCCCGGAAGCUGCUUUUCCCGGCGAUUAGGGACCAUCGGAUGGAUAGUUCCAGUUCUGACGAUGAGAGCUGAUCUCUGUAGCUUUCUCUUCACUGGCAGAGACAAUUGCAAAGACGUUGGCAGAGAGGCAAGGGAAAAUGCAUGGGCUCUCUUUCGUUGAUCUCCGGUCCCGGCAUAUGCAGCUUGCAUCGAGCUUUUCGAAUCCCCUUCAACACUCUUCUGUAGAUUGCCUCCUGUAGAUUAUGAUGAAAAAAAAAAAAACAAGGAAUUGAUUCUUUUUCCUGGUUGAGCAGGAGAAGGCAAUUCGAAUAUACAUCUUAUCAAGAGAUUACACUUGCAACGAAUGGCUUUGAAAUUAGAGAGGCCCAGAAAUUGCAAUCCAAAUUCCGAAACCUGCAAUGCCGCCUCAUUGCAUUACAUGGCCGAUAUGGGGGAGUCAACAAGGAUCAGUUCUCGACAUGGGAUUCGAAUAUGGGGCCUUUCUAAGGCCCAACUUGUGCAUUAAAAGGUAGUGUGAAUGUUGUUUUGUCUCUUUGGGUGUGUUUGGUUGCACCAAAUUUCAGAAAAUAUCAUGAAAUUCUGCACCAAAUUGGACUGAUUAAUCAUGAAAUUUCAUGAUAUUUGGUACAACCAAGCACACCCUUUAUUCGUAAUUAUAUAUUUUUUUUACACAUUCUGUAAAAAAGGGAAAGCAAUUGAUUGGUUGCUGUUGAAAGAUUUGAAACUGACACAUUAUUUA